CAAGUUGCCAAAGAAGAACCACUUCGUCAGAAAUUAGGUGGCAACAGAUUCACUCUUCAACUCUCUACACAUGUUCGUAGUUUUCAUCGACAAAAAUCUUCCCAAAAUCUCAAACUAAACUGAUAAAAAUGCUGUCGAUUCGCUCCAUUUUAACUUCACAGCGAAGCUUAAGACCCUCCAAGCUCUCCCCAUUUCAUUCCUCUUGUUUGUGUUAUUCAGCUGCCGCAGUUGAAGCUGAGAGAACCAUCAGAGAAGGCCCCAGACACGACUGGUCAAAAGAUGAGAUCAAGUCCAUUUACGACUCUCCCGUUCUCGAUCUCCUCUUCCAUGGAGCUCAAGUUCACAGACAUGCUCAUAACUUCAGGGAGGUGCAGCAGUGCACUCUCCUCUCUAUCAAGACUGGGGGAUGUAGUGAGGAUUGUUCGUAUUGUCCUCAAUCCUCAAGAUACGACACUGGAGUAAAAGCACAAAAGCUAAUGGCUAAGGAAACUGUGAUGCAGGCAGCUCAGAAGGCAAAGGAGGCUGGUAGCACACGUUUUUGUAUGGGUGCUGCAUGGAGAGACACGAUAGGGAGGAAGACCAAUUUCAAUAACAUCCUUGAAUAUGUGAAAGAAAUAAGAGAAAUGGGAAUGGAGGUGUGCUGUACAUUGGGCAUGCUGGAGAAGCAGCAGGCUUUAGAACUCAAGAAAGCAGGCCUUACAGCAUAUAACCAUAACCUUGAUACCUCCAGGGAAUAUUAUCCUAAUAUUAUCACUACAAGAAGUUAUGAUGAACGCUUGGAAACCCUUAAACAUGUCCGUGAAGCUGGGAUCAACGUCUGUUCAGGAGGAAUAAUAGGCCUUGGAGAAGCAGAGGAGGACCGGGUUGGUUUAUUGCAUACUUUGGCAACUCUCCCAACUCAUCCAGAGAGUGUUCCCAUCAAUGCCCUUCUUGCAGUGAAAGGCACCCCCCUCCAAGAUCAGAAGCCAGUUGAAAUAUGGGAGAUGGUUCGGAUGAUCGCUACAGCACGUAUAGUCAUGCCAAAAGCAAUGGUCAGGUUAUCAGCAGGAAGAGUUCGAUUUUCCAUGCCUGAGCAGGCGUUGUGCUUUCUUGCUGGUGCAAAUUCCAUCUUCACUGGCGAAAAGCUCUUAACAACUCCUAAUAAUGAUUUCGAUGCUGAUCAACUCAUGUUCAAGAUUCUUGGACUCACGCCAAAACCGCCCAGUUUCACCGAAGACGAAGCAAAAUCUUGUGAAGAAGAGAACUGCAAAGCAGCUGUCUGUGUGUAAUCUGUACUUGGGUCAUUGCUCUGCUAGAUUCAUACCCUAAUGCUAAAAUCUCCAUAAUUUUGUGUUGAAUUCAUUAAAAUAUUUAGCUCACCAUUGUAGCCAUGUUGUUCACUUUGUACUGGAAGAGGUAGUCUUAGAGAAUUUUGGAACAUAUAUUUUAUAGUUUUAUGAUUAUUUCCAAAGCACUUCUUGAUUUCUGGA